AUGAAAGAAAGAAGUAAAACCCAAAGAAGCAAAAGUAGUGUAUGUGAACGACCAUCACUUAUAAAUUCUUCGUCUCAGCUGCUAAGUCCGAGAGCAAGCAAUAUUAAAGUCCUAGCUCGAUUUAGGCCGCUAAUAGACUUCGAAACUGUAAAAAUCACAUAGGCUUUUUCUGAUAAUGAAGAAAUUGUCUCGUUUAUUAAUUCCAGGACAAUCGGGAUUUCCUGUGGAAAAGAAAUGGAAACGUUCACUCUUGACAGGAUUUUUGAUCCAAACUCAAAGCAAGCUGAAAUUUUCGAUUUUAUAGGACGCCAGACAAUCCAAGAUGUACUUGAUGGCUACAAUGGGACGAUUUUUGCAUACGGGCAGACCGGUUCAGGGAAAACUUAUACAAUGAUGGGCUUUGAUAUAUACGAUGAAGAAGCCAAAGGCAUCAUUCCAAGGGCUGCAAGCCAGAUUUUCGAAUCUGUUAAACAAGAUAGUGGAGAAAUCGAAUAUACGUUAAGAUGCUCCAUGCUGGAAAUUUAUAAGGUUUGAGUUUAUUGAAUUUCUCUAGCGUAAGUCCUGUUAACUUGAUAUCCAAAUAUGAUAUUAUGUAUUGCAAUGAUUUCUUAUCAUGCAUAUGCAUGCCAUUUUGAAUGUGAAAACCAAAUAUACGUUUCAAAACGCAGAUUUUAGUGCAGCAAAUUCAUAAUUUGAAAUUUCAUAUGAAAAUGGCGCGUAUAGCGUCCAUAAGAAAUUUUAUCAACGGAUUAUAGCAGCUUUGAACAACGGUAGGUGGAUCUGCCUAACCGUUAAACCGUUAAAGUCAAAGUUAUCGAGUCUGUACUAGACUCAGCUCUUAAGCCAACACUCUUAAGGUGCUUGAACUCCUCUCACUAAGCUCGGAUAAUAGGACUAGUCUAACUAGCAGGACUAGGCCCUUAUCCCUAACUGCCAUUUCAAAUAUUGUGAUUUUAUAUAAGGAAACCAUAAGGGAUCUACUUGACCCUGAUAAUAGAGCACUAAGUAUUAAGGAGUGUCCAAGAAGAGGCAUUUAUGUGCAAGGGCUGAACGAGGUCUGCAUUGCAAGUGAAAAAGACAUCUUAGAUGUAUUGACCCUGGGGGAGACCAUGAGAACUGUUGCGUCGACAAAGCUGAAUAAGGCUUCAUCAAGAUCUCAUAUGAUUUUUAUGUUGGAAGUGCUACAGAAACUUCCAAAUGACUCAGAAAAAAGAGGAAUUUUAAAUUUGGUGGACUUAGCGGGAAGCGAAAAAGUUAGCAACUCAGGCGUGACUGGGAAUAAUUUGGAAGAAACCAAAAAAAUUAACUUUUCACUGUCAGCGUUGGGAAAUGUGAUACAUGCAUUAGUGUCUAAUAGUGAUCAUAUUCCUUAUAGAGACUCAAAACUAACUCGACUUUUACAAGAGUCCCUGGGAGGGAACUACAAAACAAGCUUAAUCGUAGCCUGCUCCUCGUUCUCAAAAUCAAUUGAAGAGACUUUAAAUACAUUAAAAUUUGCCAUUAGAGCAAAAGCAGUAAAAAACAAAGCGAAAAUAAACAUAAAAAACUCCCCAGAAAACUACAUGAAAAUAAUCCAGCAGCUGCGGACUGAGCUUUCUAAUGCUAAAUCAGAAAUAUCUCUGCUAAAAGAAGAAAAAGCGUUGACCGUACGUGACUACUCAAUGAACCAGUCUUUAAACAACUCUUUAUUUCUCUCAAAAAACCUCAGAGCAACCAUGUCUGCCAAAAAAGAUCGCCCAAAAAAUUCAAGGCAGUAUUCCAGCAUCUUAUCAGGAAUUGAUAAUAUUUUAGACGAAAAUAAAGAAAAAAGUUCGAUUUUUGAGUCUUCAUUAGCCCUCUCUUUUAAUAACACCAGUGAAAAGACUUCUUUGGAGUCUGAAAAUGAUGGGAAAUUAACUGAUAGAGAAACUAAUGAUGGGAGAAACACUGAGAGAGACGGCCUUGGGGAGGAUUUAGAAACUACCAAGAAAAGAUGUGAAUUUCUAGAAGAAGAAAAUAAAGCCCUCAAUGAUAAAAUUAAGCGCUUAGAGGCAAAAAUAUGCUCAUCUAAAGCUAAGCGGCUCAAAAUUGAGCAAAAAGCUCACGAUUAUUAUGAAUCUUUACACAAAAUUACUUUGCAAAUUAAUAAAGAAUCCUCAAAAAACUCAUUGUUAUUGAAGCAAAACGAUGCACUUAACAAACAAGUCAGGCGACUUACAAACGCAUUAAAAGAGCUAGACCUGAGCUAUAAAGCCUUUAUAGAAAACCACUCAAAGCUUGAAGGAGACAUCACAUUUGUUGAAUUUGAAGACAAAUCAGAGAUCCAUGAAAAGGAAAUUCCUAACGAAAGCCAUAACACUGAAUUAGACCUCAGUGGCGACUUUGAGCUGUGCCUAUCACCCAAAAGGCUUUUUAUUGAUCCCCAAAGUCUUGUCAACACUAGUAUUUAUGCCCAAGAACUUAAAAACGCCUUAGAAUACAACGCUGAGCUAAGCAAAGAUAUCACCAUUUACCAGCUUAGAAAUCAAGUGAUCCAAGCAGGAAUUUGCAACUCUAAUAUCACAAGAAUCAUGAAUGGACUUGACUGAAAAUUGAAUUUAGUUAAUCAAAAAUACAAGCUGAAAAGAAACCUUUGUAAAAAUCAAUGCGAACAAAUUAGUUCACUUGAAGCAAUGAUUGACAACUUGCAUGAGUCAUACCAAAAAAUAGUAAAACUGCAAGAGCAAAUUGACCAAGGACCGAGGAGAAUAUUAAUUAAUGAAUCAACAACUACUCCUAGGGUCCGCUUUAUCAGAUCGUUUACAAGCAACCUAUUGAAGAAUAAUAUGCAGAUAGUUAAAUCCCAACAAGAAUUUGUAAUGAAGUCUUCUGAGUCACAAUUCAUUUCUUGCCCCGGGUCUUUUAUUGAAAAUGAUUCUGCAGACUCAGGAAUUUUCCUUAUGAAAUAUAAAGCCUUGCUCCCCAUUUAAGAGCAGCAAGUUUUUUUUGCUCACUCUUAAAGGCGCUAAUUUUUUAAAAAAAAAUUAUUAUAAUAAAUUAUAUUUAAUAGAAUAAAAUUUGCAAAUACUUGAAAAAGAAAAGUCAAAUUUAAGAUAAUUAUUGCAAUCUGUCUAAAAUUUUAAUAUAAUCACCUUUUAGAUCUCAUUAAAAAAUUAGAAAUUCUAUAUAUAAAUAUUUUAAUUCUUUCUUUAAAAGAGGCUAAUUUCGAUUUCCAAUGAUUUUAUUUUCUUUAGGGAAGGUUAGAAACAAGCUAUAAUCUCCAGCAGCUUUAUAAUGCCCAGCUAAAAAAAAGUAACCAAGAAUUGAAAAACCAAGCCUUGCAGUACCAAAAAUUGCUAGAAAAAUUAGAAUGUGAUAUAUUUAAAGCGCAGAAAACUGAAAGAGAAAGGUGAAAGUCAUUUUUCAGUGAAAUGAAAGAAAAUUGUGAAAAAGAGCUAGUUAGAAAGCAGCUGGAAAUUGCCAAGCUGAAUAAUGUUUUAGGGGAAUGAACAACGAGGUAUAUGGAGCUUCAAGAUUCAUAUGGAAAUAGACCAAAGAAAUUAAAUAUGAUAUUUAAACAAGGAGAUGAUGUGACGCCAAAAUCAACUUUAAAUAUCCCUGACAAUGGGGCAUAUAUGAAAGUGCUGUUCCAGAAUUCGCCUUUGAAUAGCAAUAGAAGGGCAAGUCCUGGGCCACCAAUAAGGCGUGAUGUUUUGCCUGGGGAUAAGACGCCACCCCAGUUUUUUUAA